AUGCCAGAUUGUCCCUCGGUUGUUUCGAGAGAUCAUAUACCACAGUUUCAAAGCAGAAUGCUAAUCACUAAAUCAAAUGCUUCUAAUAUACAUUCUUCAGCUAGUUCAAGUAGUUCUUCCUCGCCUGUUACCACAUCAACAGACACCAAUUUUUUAUCACCAAAUAUAGGUGAUAAUAUUAGUCGCAUGGCACAGCAGCACCCACAAUCACAACAGCACCGUCCACCACCAAUAGCGGCGGCUGGUGCUACUGGUAGUAGCAAUGGUGGUAGUGCUGCUGCUGCUGCUGCUGCUGCUACUGCUACUACUACCACUACUACUACCACUACUGCCGCUGCCUCCUCCGCCGCUCCUGCCCCCGUUGCAUCGUCGUCAUUUUCCUCAAACAAUCCCUUCAGUCAGCCUGCUUCUCCGCAUCAAGCAUUUAGUCUUAAUAAUUCAAGCUCGACUGGUAGAAAAGCAUCAUUUGGAUUACAUUUUCUUAGUAAUUUUAGUAUGCGAUCACAAUCCGAUACAGCAACACCCGUAUUGGCACAACCACCACCACCACCACAACAACAACAUCAACAACAACAACUUUUGCAACAACCGGUACACCUUCAAGAUCAAACAGCACAACAAGAUUUCUCAUUUUUACCUCCUCAACAUCGAUAUAUUCAAUCAAUGCAACAACCGUUGAUGUCCAAUAGCCCCACUAUUGGUAAUAUAAAUAGCUAUGCUGAAGACAAUAUCAAUGACACGACAUCUACUCCAUUCUAUGAAACUCACGAGAGUCUUCAACAAGGAGAACCAGAUCAAACUUUAGAUACUGUUCCAGCUAAUCUGCAGCACCAAGAGCCAUUAUCUACUCAAUCAGCAUCUAUUUUACAAGAAGAUAAUAUGAUUGAUUUUGAGUCUAAUUCAGAGUAUGUUUCACUUUUGCAUCCACCGCAAGAAGCUACGGCAGCUGCCACAGCGACUGCAACUGCAACGGCAGCGGCAGCGGCAACAACAACAACUAUAACGACAACUGCAUCAUCAUCAGCCGAGGCGGAGAAAAUGAAUAAUGGUAGAGAUAAAGACGGAUUUUUUUCCGUUCGUUUGACACCUUUGAUUGACCAUUCUUCUUCUUCUUCCGGUUUAUACUUUUCACCCGUCAUUCGUAAAGUUAAACCCAAGGGAAGUUUGAGUAUAGGUCGAUAUACUGAGAAGAACAAAGCGGCAGCUCAUGCAGCUCAGGGCUCCUCAGCACCGAUUGUAUUCAAAUCAAAAGUUGUCUCGCGUACCCAUGCCUUACUAGAUUGCAAUGAAGAAGGACAAUGGUUUCUUAAGGAUUGCAAGAGUUCACUGGGAACUUUUUUAAACCAUAUUAGAUUAUCCCCAGCGUCACAAGAAUCUACAUUGAUGCCAGUUAUAGAUGGCGAUAUUAUACAAUUGGGUAUGGAUUAUAGAGGCGGCACUGAAGAAGUUUACCGUUGCGUUAAAAUGAGAUGUGAGUUCAACAAGAGUUGGCAGAGAAAAGUGAAUCAAUUUAAUUUAGAAAUUCAUAAAAAGUUCAAGAAUUUGAAUCUUCAAGGAGACGAGUCGACAGACACGUCCAAUGUUAAUAUGAAGGGCUCUGGGGGUAAUGGAAGCAUGGAUGCAUCUAAUAGUGAGUGUGCCAUUUGUUUAAUGCAGGUUGAACCAUGUCAAGCAUUGUUUAUAAGUCCAUGUUCCCAUUCCUGGCAUUAUAAAUGUAUUAGACCAAUUAUUAUCAAGAGCUAUCCUCAGUUUUAUUGUCCCAAUUGUCGAACAAUGUGUGACUUGGAAACAGAUAUAGAAGAUGAUUGA